AUGGGUAUCCUCACACCAAAACAAACUCUCUCAUUUCUCAUUCUUCUCAAUCUCUCCUCACUCGUUUUCUCAGCCGAUAACACCAACGUUGUCUACAAAGGUUGUUCCCCGCAAAAACUGCAGCAACAAUCUUCCCAGAAUCUACAAUCACUCUUAUCUUCUCUCGUAUCAGCUUCUGGACAGAAAACAUUCGCCGCCACAACCACCGGCGACGUCUCCGGUGCUUAUCAAUGCAGAGGCGACCUUUCAACAUCCGACUGUUAUCUCUGCGUCAGCAAGAUUCCAAGCAAGAUAAGCAAGCUCUGCGGGGAAGUCGCGGCGGUGAGAAUUCAGCUCAGCGGGUGUUACUUAAGGUACGAGGUUGUCGGGUUUAAGCAAGUUCCUAUGACUCAGUUUCUGUACAAGGUUUGUGGUUCGAGGAAAGUGGACGACAGUGUUGGGUUUGAGGCGAAGAGAGACUCUGCAUUUGGAAUGGUGGAGAAUGGUGUGAAGAGUGGUGGGAGUUUGUUCUAUACAGGGAGUUAUAUGUCUUUGUAUGUUUUGGGACAAUGUGAGGGUAGUUUAGGAAAUAAUGAUUGUAGUGAUUGUGUUAAGAGUGCUGAAGAACAAGCUAAAUUGGAGUGUGGCGAUUCGAUUUCUGCUCAGAUUUAUCUCUUUAGUUGCUUUAUCAGUUAUAGCUUUUACCCUAACGGAGUUUCAGGUUCUCUUUCCUCUUCAGGAUCAGGAGGGAAUCCACACACAGAAAGGACAGUGGCUCUUGCAGUGGGAGGAGUAGCAGGAUUUGGAUUCUUAAUUGUUUGUUUGAUGUUUCUAAAGUCAGUAUUGAAGAAAAGAGGUGGGAAGCAUUGA